UGCGUUUGCGUGACAGUGUCAUCUGCUUUGUGCGACUCUUUUCUGCUGGCACUUUAGCUAUCAGAGCCCGGAUUCAGGCGUUCAAAGUAAGAUGUGUGUGAAGAUCAGUCGUCUUUAUUCUCUCAUUAUUUUACUAAUCCAGCAAAAGACACCAUGCAUCGACUCUUAAUAUUGACCGCCUUUGUUUUGUUGCUGUUCAUAUUUGCUUCAGCUAAAGCUGGCAGUUUAGAUGACAAUGACGAGUGUCCUCCAGUCGUUCGAUUUGGGAAGGAACUGAAGCAAACGCAUACUUAUCGCAGAGAUACCAAACGCUCUUACGGAAAGCCUGGCACUGAGUCUAGCCAUGAAGUGAAAAAGAAGUCUUGUGAGAUAUCUGAUAAGGAUUGGGAUCCCUGCACUGGUACUGUGGCCAAGGAGAGCUGUGGAUUGCAUGGGGUCUGCACGAAUGGGACGCUCAGCGGUUAUGAUUGCCUGUGCGAAUGUGAUCACCAAGGUACACACUGUUCUUCAAUAAUACUGGAUCUACCAAGGCUAGGAUCUCCACUGGGGAUGACUGAUGGCCGGAUAAGUGCUGCUCAAAUACGGCUGUUGUCUCAGAAAAGGUGCAUCGAGGUUGCUAACCCUGGCCUUGUGUGUGAAGAUAUCAUGCGUUUCCAUACCAGGAUGAAGUAUUUCAUUUCCAGUUUCGCGCGAAGCAACAUCUUCGCGGAGGUUGAUUUGAAAUGCCCGCAUAGAAUCACGGCGAUUGAUUCCAUAUUGGUCAAGGGGAAACUGCCGCAUUUCCGUUUGUCCUUUAGUGACGUCACUGGGGAACAAUUCUAUGACGCUAUGGACGCAUGUACCAAUAAAACUAAGGUAUUUGUUGCAGGUAAAUAUGGCCUAUUAGCGCCGGCUAUUACGAGGAUCGUCAGGAUUUUGAUACCAGAUUCGCAUAUCAGUCAAUUCAUCUCACUGGCAGUUGAAUUCUAUGGGUCGAUUGAAGUCGCAGGUCCAGUGGAAAUUUCAACUCCAAUGAAGGAAAUCAAUGGUCCCGCCAUCAUGCUUUACCCGCCACUACUGUCCAGUUACAUCGUAAUAAAUUUCACCCUCCAAACUAAUGGUGUGGCUAGCUUCAUCGCCUGUGACCAUCCAAAAGGAAGCGAAGUGUAUAUCGCAUCAGGCCGCUGCCGUGUCCUGGUCAUUGAUACGAACUGCAAAAACAUGGUAAGAGUAGGUUUCAAAGGAACAGCUAACGGAACUGAUGAAGUGAUAAGACCAGGUGAAAGCAAAUACGUGCUAGCGUGGGAGCAGGAUAUCAUCAGGGAGGAGCGACCGCUGAGGGCGCUGGUCACCCUGACAGAGCUACCCAAUGACACAGAAAUGAUCACGUUUCAACCACAUGGUCAGGCUGCUCGGUCACUGAUCUUCUCGUGGCGCGGGACUUCUGGCGGAGGAAGAUUGUUGUCUGUUGGUGUAUCAAAUACUGUUGACGGACGAUUCGAUGAUUGUGAUUUAGGUGGUGGUGACGACGACGGAGGUGACACUGAUGGCAAAGAUGGUGGCGGUUGUCGUGGUGACGGUGGCAGUGUUGGCGGCGAUGAUGGUGAUGGGGAUUGUGGUAUUGGCAAUGAUGAUACUGUUGCCAGUGGUAGUAAUGAUGAACAUUCACUUUCCACACACUGGACCUUUUUCUCACCACAAUUCUGUGUCCCAUUCAACUAAAACGAACGCAGUGAUUACACUGUCACGUGGUGGCAGCAUUCAUGAUUUCUUAGCAAUCAGGUAGACAAUCACCAUCACUUGUUAUGAAUUCUAGUUGUAACUUGAAUCAUAGUUUACUUCCGUC